AUGAUUUCAUAUUUAUCAUCUUUUAGGGUUAAUAAAUUUCUGUGUUCAAAUUCUUUUGUAUAUUAUUUUAAUUUUCUAAAACGUAAUAAUUUAUCUUAUUUUCCAGUUUUACAUUAUCGCACACUUUCACUCAAGUCCAUUCAGUCAUUCAGUACUAUUAACUUCAGUAAGUCACUCAAUUCCAUCCAAUCAAUUAAUAUUGCUGGCUGUAUAAAUCACACAUUUAGAAUACCAAAUGUAGUUUUAACUAGUGGAAUCGCUAAUACUAAAUUAACAAGUAAUGUUAGAGAAAUAAGUACACUCAAGAGAAGGAAAUUUAAAAUAAAAAAGCACAAGAAGAAGAAGCGGAAGAAAAGAUGGUCGAGGAUGAGUUUGAUUCCCUGGAGACCAACACCUGAGCUUAAACAGAUCCACAGAUCACCUUCAAAGGUAAGGAGAAUAGUCAAGGAACGAAGAAGGAGAAAUAAAGGCAAUAGAACACUCAGGAUACCAAGACAACGUUAA